AUGUCGCUGCUGGGAGCUUGUCACCUGAUCCACCGCGAAGCAGCAACAUCGAAGUUUGGCAGCGAAGUUCACAGUUUCGUGGUGGGGGAUCUUUCGCAUCCUCACAGCGAAGAUAUCGUCGCGGAUCUCCAGAGGCUGGCGAGAGAAAUGCGGCACGCUGGCUACGUUCCCGACACGAAGGAGAUCUUUCAUGAGGAGCAAAAGGAGGAGCUGUUGCACUACCACGGCGAAAAGAUGGCUGUGGCUUUUGGAUUGAUCUCGGCGCUGAGGAACUUGCGGGUGUGUGGGGAUUGCCACUCGGCUAUCAAGUCUGUAUCCAAGAUGGUGGUAUCUAUAACCGUGAGAGAUGCUAACCGGUUCCAUCACAUGCAGAAACAACAAAAAGAAUGA